GCAGGCCUCAGGUCUCCCGCAGCCAACAUGGCGGCUCUCUGUGUGUUCUGCGGCACAGCAGUUUCCUACCGCCUCUUUCUUGGGAGUAGGGUUAGUCUUGCCCGGGGACAAGGCCUCUGGAAAGCCGCGGCUGCUGAGUUGCAGACAGGUACCGGAUCCCAGAUCUUAAGGCUAAGACAUACCACAGUUGUAACAACAAAGAAAAAUGUUGCAGCCUUGAGACGUGAAACUUACACAGUGGAUUUUAUUAAAAAGCAGAUUGAAGAGUUCAACAUAGGAAAGAGACAUUUAGCCAACAUGAUGGGAGAAGAUCCAGAAACUUUUACGCAAGAGGAUAUUGAUAGAGCUAUUGCUUACCUUUUCCCCAGUGGUUUGUUUGAGAAGCGAGCCAGGCCAGUAAUGAAGCAUCCUGAACAGAUUUUUCCAAAACAAAGAGCAAUCCAGUGGGGAGAAGAUGGCCGUCCAUUUCAUUUUCUGUUUUAUACUGGCAAACCAUCGUAUUAUUCAUUAAUGCAUGAAGCAUAUGGAAAGAUACUAGAUGUGGAAAAACAUCAAAAUCAAUUGCGAGCCCGAAAUCUGUUUUCAGAAAAAACUAAAACCAAAGACCUGAUUGGCAGCAGAUGGCUCAUUAAGGAAGAACUAGAAGAAAUAUUAGUGGAAAAACUGUCAGAUCAAGAUUAUGUGCAAUUCAUUCGGCUGCUAGAAAGGUUAUUGACAUUGCAGUGUGGUGCUGGUGAAGAAGAAUUUGUGCAGAGGUUUCGUAGGAGUGUAACUAUUCAAUCAAAAAAACAGCUGAUUGAACCUUUGCAGUAUGACGAGCAAGGGAUGGCCUUCAGCACAAGCGAAGGUAAAAGGAAGAGUGCAAAGGCAGAAGCAGUUGUGUAUGCACAGGGAAGUGGAAGGAUCAAAGUGAAUGGCACUGAUUAUCUGCUUUACUUCCCAGUGACCCAGGACAGAGAACAGUUGAUGUUCCCUUUUCACUUCCUUGACCGGCUUGGAAAACAUGACGUGACCUGCACAGUCUCGGGUGGCGGGCGGGCGGCGCAGGCCGGAGCCAUACGCUUGGCCGUGGCGAAAGCCUUGUGCAGCUUUGUCACCGAGGAAGAGGUCGAGUGGAUGAGACAAGCUGGACUGCUUACUGCUGAUCCACGUGUCCGGGAACGGAAGAAGCCAGGCCAGGAGGGAGCCCGCAGAAAGUUCACCUGGAAGAAGCGCUGAGUGUGUUUUCGCAGGAAAGGAGAGGAAGCGCUGUGGGUGUGUGCCUGGCAUGCGGCAGACGCACAGUCAAUAUUUGCCUGCCAGUGUGAGGGCAACACUAUCAGACAUUUGUGUUGUGAGAUGAUUUAUUUUUAAAUGCUGCUUUGUAAAGGUUACCUUUUAAAAAUAAUUUUUAAAAAAUG